GGUCUCCACUUUAGUUGUUUGACGACAUCACGAGCGAUCGGUUGAGGUUGUUCGUUCGUUUAUCCGGUUUAACUAUAUACUGCCGCCGCCGCCGUUGUUCGAUUAAUCUCCUCCACACUGCGAUCCAGUCGCACGUCAUCGCCAGACGUGUUGUUCGAUUGAUUAUUGCAAAUAAUACGGAUAAAAGUACGGGUACAAACACCUCGUAUCUAUAAUUCCCAAACAAAGAGAUACCAACAAACUAAUCGGGAAUGACGGCGAACAUGGCGAAGAGUCCGCGCCCGCUGAAAAUAACCAUCGUGGGCGAUGGCAUGGUGGGCAAAACCUGCAUGCUGAUAACCUACACACAAAACGAAUUUCCCGAGGAGUACGUACCCACCGUGUUCGACAACCACGCCUGCAACAUAGUCGUCGACGAUCGGGACUACAAUCUGACUCUCUGGGACACCGCCGGGCAGGAGGAUUACGAAAGACUGCGGCCGUUGAGCUAUCCCAAUACAAACUGUUUCCUCUUGUGCUACUCGAUCAACAGCCGCACCUCGUUUGAAAAUAUAAAGAGCAAGUGGUGGCCCGAGAUCCGUCACUUUUCCAAUCACGUGCCCGUUGUGUUGGUGGGCACCAAACUGGAUCUACGCAUCCCCAACUCCGAGAAGUUCGUAACCACACAGGAGGGAAAGCGACUGCGCAAGGAAAUCCACGCCGCGAAUCUGGUCGAGUGUUCGGCCAAGAAAAAGCAGAACCUGCAGCAGGUCUUCGAGGAAGCGAUACGCGCCGUAGACAGGAAACCAAAGACGCCCAAGCAAUCGUGCACAUUACUGUGAACUAAGUGUAUGCCUACUGUUUAAUAUUGUUAUUAUGCGUAAUGUAUUAUGUAACUAAUUCGUCGGAAUACUUGUGCUUUGUUUUCGCAAAAAAAAAAAAACUGUGUAGAAAAUGUAACAUUAAGUUCUUAUCAUUAAGUGCCACUUGUAUGAGAAACAUUUAUUAUACAUGCAACCAAAGGGCAUUCAUUGUAAAAAGAUAAAUCAAAGGCCAAUACAAAAUGAAAAUAAUAUAUCCACAUACAUAUAUAAUAAUAAGGAAUUGAAUUUAAAUCCAUAUGGCAGUAAAGCCCGCCCAUGUAUAUUGUACAUUUUCAAUAAAACCCUAGUCAUUAAAA